AUGGCAGUGGCUGAGACACAGCUGUACGCAAAGGUGUUCAACAAGCACAGGAGCAAAAGCACCUCUGGGCUCCUCGAAUCUCUCCUCGCCAAAGGAUUCCCGGCUCAUACCGCGCAAAAAGCCUUGGCUGCUACUGGACAAAAGACAAUAGAAGAUGCUGCAAAAUGGUUGCACUCCCACUGCAAUGAUCCCUCUUUGGAUGACCCGAUCCCUCAGGAGUAUGCUCUUUACUUGUGUCCCACCGGCCGUUUCCGUAACCACCUACAAGAGUUUUGGAAGGAGAGCAAGCGCCAGUGCGGGAAAAACAGAGCCCAUGAGAUUUUUCCUCACAUCACUCUCUGCGAUUUCUUCACGUGUGAAGACCAGAAAGUGGAAUUACUGUAUGACACCUUAAAGCGAGUCGGUGACAGCUUUUCACAGUGCUUUCCACCAUCCAUUUCCCUAACACUACAUUCAUCCACCAGCUACCUUGGCUUCUUCAUUAGUGACAGCCAUGCCAAUAUCCUCAAAGAGUUUGCUCUGGCAUUCUCUUCAGAGGCUUCAUCCCUGGCAGAUUGCCAUGUGAAGCCUUGUCUAAAGCAGCUCCACCUUACCUUGGCUCACAAGUUUUAUCCUCAUCAUCAGAAGACUUUGGAACAAUUGGCCAAAUGCAUUAACCCAGGAGAGAGCUGCCAGUGGGUAGCUGCUCUUUACUCACGGGACAUGCGUUUUGUGCAUUACCAGACGCUGAGGGCCCUCUUCCAGUAUAAGCCCCAGAACAUCGAUGAACUCAUGAUCAACACCGGGGACUUCAUCUACGUUGACCCGACGCAGCAGUCUGACGUGAGUGAAGGCUGGGUGAUCGGGACCUCGCAUCGGACCGGCUGCAGGGGUUUUCUUCCCGAAAACUACACUGAGAGGGCCAACGAGUCAGACACGUGGGUUAAGCACAGGGAGUAUGUUUUUGUAACAGCUUCCAGAUUCUUCACCCAAACUGAACAUGAACCUAAUGUAAAGCUGAAUGGAGAAGUCCAUAAUUCUAGUAUGUCAAGGAGCAUAACCAAUGUGCUAUCUCUUCAGAAUGCCACCCUGCGCAGAGGGGUGCUGGUGAUGCGCCACGGGGAAAAUCAGGUCUUUGGCAAGUCGUGGCUUCAGCAGUGCUUGACCACAGAUGGAAAAUACUACAGAGCAGAUCUGAACUUCCCUUCCACCCUGCCGAAGCGGAAAGACAACGUGAAGCAUUUUGAAUACGAUCCUCCUUUAUCUUGCUGUGGUAUUUUCCAGUCAAGGCUUAUAGGGGAAGCUCUGCUGGACCAGGAGGUGACAGUCAGCUACGUGUACUCAUCACCCGCGCUCCGCUGCGUACAGACAGCUCAACACCUACUGCAGGGGCUUAAAUUAGAUCAAAAAGUCAAAAUCAGGGUGGAACCAGGACUGUUUGAAUGGACCAAGUGGGAAUCAAGCAAGGUAAUUCCUAACUUCAUGACUGUGACAGAACUGGCAGAGGCAUCAUACACGACAGACACAAGUUACAGGUAA